AUAAAUUUAUUGAUUAAUACAAUGGCACUUAGAACUACUGGGGUUGCUUUUAGCAGUCUUAAGAGGUGGGCUUAUAACCUUUCUGGAUUUAACAAAUACGGUCUUCUCCGUGAUGACUUACUCCAUGAAACUGAAGAUGUGAAAGAAGCCCUCCGUCGCCUCCCUGACUCAAUUGUAGACGAGCGCAACUACAGACUGGUCCGUGCCAUGCAACUCUCCAUACAGAAGAGUAUUCUGCCCAAAGAUGAGUGGACCAAGUAUGAGGAAGACAAACUCUACUUGUCUCCUAUCGUAGACCAGGUCAAGAAAGAGAGGGAAGAACGGGAGAAGUGGGAAAGUGAAUACUAAAGUUUGUGUCAGAUAUUGUUUAAUAAUAAUGUACCUAUUAAUUUAAUAAAUUUAGCUGUUAUUUGA